AUGUGGGAUGCUGCAUACAUGAAAAGGGUGACGCUUAUUUCUUUCUUUCUUCUCGCCGUUAAGUACUUGGAAUAUUAUUCCAUAAAAAAAGGGCACAAAAAUGAACGCACCAAUUCUUUUGAGGAAUCGCAAUCAGAUGCGUUAGGGCACUACUUGGGAGAGUGCACCCGUGAACAGAAAACAUUAACCAAUUUUCCAGCGGGGUUUCCAUUGCACAGUAGUAGGAAUGGUGCACCCAAGAAUUGCCCUAAAGAGGUUGCGCUAAGUGCAAAUGGUUAUAUGAAAAGGGAUAAAGGGAAGGGUAGCAAAAUAUGCGCACUUGAACAAAGUAACCUUACUUUAUGCUACAAUGGGAUGACCUCUCCCGGGAGGGAAAAUUGCGCUAAACCCUUAGCACCAGCGCUAGUCGGGGCAAAGAACAACUGCGCAUGCAGUGAGGAGGAAGAUUUUUACAAAAGUGAAAAAGAAAAAAUUGAACUUGCGCUGGGUAGGAAAAUUAUAAACCGAAUUAUCGUUCUCUUUUUUAAAUUGUUUGAUGAAUGUGCACAUGUGAAACAUAAGUUGGCAAGUGUAUUCGAGGUUUUUCUCACGAUAAGGGGCACACGCAGAUCGAAUUUUUCUCCCCCCACAGGAAACCUAGCCAAUAGUAAUGCAUAUACAUUUAUAAGUGAAGAUAAAAUUUACAACAAUUUCCUUUAUCAUUCUUAUGUGCUUCUCCCCAAUGGAUCCUUAACCACAGAUGGAGAGUUGUUCUUCCCUUUUCACUAUACCCAUUCUGACCGUGUCAAAAUUAUCAAUAAUGAGGGUAUUACAAAUGGCGGAGUUACUCAGGGUGAAUGGCUAGAAGAAGGAACAUAUGGACAAGAUUACAAAUCAACAUGGGAUAGAAUGAGGUGCAAAAUUGACCCCUUGGGAAAAGGCAGCAAGGAUAUGUCACCGAAAAUAUCAGGCAGGAGGUUAUCGGACAAGAAGCCGCUGGUCACAGAGGGCAAUGAGGACGGAGAUGGGGGUGAGCGGGGUGAUGAUAAGCACAAGAAUGGCAAUGACCCCAAGAAGAACCCGCCUUUGCAAAAUGGUUGUGCAGUACACUAUUCCACCAAUGGAGAAAAGAAAAAGAAAAGAACGUGCAGACUCUUGUCACCUCAAGACAUGUGCCAUAUUAAGCAAGAUUAUGGAACGGAGCUAGAAGAAAAAAGGAAAAAAAAAGAGUGUAUUAAUUGCAGGAUAUUGGCAGAGGGGACUUCCAAACCGGAGGACAAAGAUAAAGGAGGAGAAAAUAAAGAAGAAGAAAAAAAAGAAGAAGAAAAGAAAGAAGAAGAAAAUAAGCAAAAUGAACAAAAUCAACAAAUUGAAGAUAAACAUUAUAAGAGAGCGAUGUGCAGAAUCUUGCAAGAGAAUAAUGGGGAAAAAAAUCGUUUGAUGAAUAACACGGAUGGAAUAAUAUUGAGCGAAGAUUUAUUAGGACAGAAGUAUGGUACAAGUGGUGAGCAUUAUAGAAAGUUUAGAAUCUUGUUAGAGCGGGAACAAACAUCCCAUUCCCGUGGAAUGGGGAAGGGUGCAGAAGGAAGGAAGAAUCAGCAAGUCAGUAGUACAUGUGAUCGGAAGAGUAGACAGCUUGCAAUUUUAUCGGAAGAAUAUUUUUCACCAGAUGAUCAUUCUGAUGACAUAAAUCGAUAUGAAGGUGAUGCAAUAAGAAAACAUGGUGGGAAUGGUUCGAGUAUUAGACAAUUUAGGGUUCUAGCAGACGGUUCAGAUGAAAGUGGUCCAUAUUUGGAAGUAGAUGGACUUUCGGGAAAUGGCGAAAAUGAGGAUGAUAAAGAAGAUGGAAAGGGAGAUGACCAAGUCGUCCCUAGCUGUAAAAGGUUUAGAAGUUUAUCAGAAGAGGGUGAUUUAUCCCAUGGUAAACUCACAAUCGUGCCAGGUAGUGCAGGGGGAAAUGGAGGAGCAGGACAUGGACAAGGGAAUAAUGGAGAAAAGGAUGAUAGAAGGAACUCAGAGUGUAGAAGACUUAGACUUUUAUCUGAGGAUUCUUUUCCAUGGAGUAAUACAAAUUGUGACUCAAAUGGAAGUGCAAGUGGAGGCAGUGAUGGUAAUGGGCGUUGCUCGAAUAUUAUACGUUUUAGGAUAUUGGUUGAUGAUUACCCGGAUAUACUCUACGAUGAUAUUCAUUUGAAUGGGCAACACAUUGGAACAGGUUCAGUAGGUGGAAGUGGAAAUGGAAGUGGGGGAAAUGGAAUGGGGGGAAGUGGAAUGGGGGGAAGUGGAAAUCAAGGAGAAAAUUCUGGAGGAAAUGGAAAUAGCAAUGGAAAUGGUUCUAAUAGUAGACAAUGUAGAAUGUUGGCGCAAAAUGGUUCAGAGCCUGGUGGAACAGUAAAUAAUUCAGAUGGAGGAGAAGGUGGAGUUAAUAAAGGAAAUGUCGGAAGUAAGAAUCAAGGAGAAAAGUCUGGGGGAAGCGGAAAUAGCAAUGGAAAUGGUUCUAAUAGUAGGCAAUGUAGAAUUUUGGCGCAAAAUGGUUCAGAAAGAGAUAAUACAAACUAUGAUUCAGAUGGAGGAGAAGGUGGAGUUAAUAGAGGAAAUGUUGGAAGUAAGAAUCAAGGAGAAAAUUCUGGAGGAAAUGGAAAUAGCAAUGGAAGUGGUUCUAAUAGUAGACAAUGUAGAAUGUUGGCGCAAAAUGGUUCAGAGCCUGGUGGAACAGUAAAUAAUUCAGAUGGAGCAGAAGGUGGAGUUAAUAAAGAAAAUGUUGGAAGUAAGAAUCAAGGGGAAAGGUCUCGGGGAAACGGAAAUAACAAUGGAAGUGGUUCUAAUAGUAGACAAUGUAGAAUUUUGGCGCAAAAUGGUUCAGAGCCUGGUGGAACAGUAAAUAAUUCAGAUGGAGCAAAAGGUGGAGUUAAUAGAGGAAAUGUUGGAAGUAAGAAUCAAGGAGAAAAUUCUGGAGGAAAUGGAAAUAGCAAUGGAAGUGGUUCUAAUAGUAGACAAUGUAGAAUGUUGGCGCAAAAUGGUUCAGAGCCUGGUGGAACAGUAAAUAAUUCAGAUGGAGCAGAAGGUGGAGUUAAUAAAGAAAAUGUUGGAAGUAAGAAUCAAGGGGAAAGGUCUCGGGGAAACGGAAAUAACAAUGGAAGUGGUUCUAAUAGUAGACAAUGUAGAAUUUUGGCGCAAAAUGGUUCAGAGCCUGGUGGAACAGUAAAUAAUUCAGAUGGAGCAAAAGGUGGAGUUAAUAGAGGAAAUGUUGGAAGUAAGAAUCAAGGAGAAAAUUCUGGAGGAAAUGGAAAUAGCAAUGGAAAUGGUUCUAAUAGUAGACAAUGUAGAAUGUUGGCGCAAAAUGGUUCAGAGCCUGAUGGAACAGUAAAUAAUUCAGAUGGAGGAGAAGGUGGAGUUAAUAAAGGAAAUGUCGGAAGUAAGAAUCAAGGAGAAAAGUCUGGGGGAAGCGGAAAUAGCAAUGGAAAUGGUUCUAAUAGUAGGCAAUGUAGAAUUUUGGCGCAAAAUGGUUCAGAAGGAGAUAAUACAAUCUAUGAUUCAGAUGGAGGAGAAGGUGGAGUUAAUAAAGGAAAUGUCGGAAGUAAGAAUCAAGGAGAAAAGUCUGGGGGAAGCGGAAAUAGCAAUGGAAAUGGUUCUAAUAGUAGGCAAUGUAGAAUUUUGGCGCAAAAUGGUUCAGAAGGAGAUAAUACAAACUAUGAUUCAGAUGGAGGAGAAGGUGGAGUUAAUAAAGGAAAUGUCGGAAGUAAGAAUCAAGGAGAAAAGUCUGGGGGAAGCGGAAAUAGCAAUGGAAAUGGUUCUAAUAGUAGGCAAUGUAGAAUUUUGGCGCAAAAUGGUUCAGAAAGAGGUGAUACAGUAAAUAAUUCAGAUGGAGCAAAAGGUGGAGUUAAUAGAGGAAAUGUUGGAAGUAAGAAUCAAGGAGAAAAUUCUGGAGGAAAUGGAAAUAGCAAUGGAAAUGGUUCUAAUAGUAGACAAUGUAGAAUGUUGGCGCAAAAUGGUUCAGAGCCUGAUGGAACAGUAAAUAAUUCAGAUGGAGGAGAAGGUGGAGUUAAUAAAGGAAAUGUCGGAAGUAAGAAUCAAGGAGAAAAGUCUGGGGGAAGCGGAAAUAGCAAUGGAAAUGGUUCUAAUAGUAGGCAAUGUAGAAUUUUGGCGCAAAAUGGUUCAGAAGGAGAUAAUACAAACUAUGAUUCAGAUGGAGGAGAAGGUGGAGUUAAUAAAGGAAAUGUCGGAAGUAAGAAUCAAGGAGAAAAGUCUGGGGGAAGCGGAAAUAGCAAUGGAAAUGGUUCUAAUAGUAGGCAAUGUAGAAUUUUGGCGCAAAAUGGUUCAGAAGGAGAUAAUACAAACUAUGAUUCAGAUGGAGGAGAAGGUGGAGUUAAUAAAGGAAAUGUCGGAAGUAAGAAUCAAGGAGAAAAGUCUGGGGGAAGCGGAAAUAGCAAUGGAAGUGGUUCUAAUAGUAGACAAUGUAGAAUGUUGGCGCAAAAUGGUUCAGAGCCUGGUGGAACAGUAAAUAAUUCAGAUGGAGCAGAAGGUGGAGUUAAUAAAGAAAAUGUUGGAAGUAAGAAUCAAGGGGAAAGGUCUCGGGGAAACGGAAAUAACAAUGGAAGUGGUUCUAAUAGUAGACAAUGUAGAAUUUUGGCGCAAAAUGGUUCAGAGCCUGGUGGAACAGUAAAUAAUUCAGAUGGAGCAAAAGGUGGAGUUAAUAAAGAAAAUGUUGGAAGUAAGAAUCAAGGGGAAAGGUCUCGGGGAAACGGAAAUAACAAUGGAAGUGGUUCUAAUAGUAGACAAUGUAGAAUUUUGGCGCAAAAUGGUUCAGAGCCUGGUGGAACAGUAAAUAAUUCAGAUGGAGCAAAAGGUGGAGUUAAUAGAGGAAAUGUUGGAAGUAAGAAUCAAGGAGAAAAUUCUGGAGGAAAUGGAAAUAGCAAUGGAAGUGGUUCUAAUAGUAGACAAUGUAGAAUGUUGGCGCAAAAUGGUUCAGAGCCUGGUGGAACAGUAAAUAAUUCAGAUGGAGCAGAAGGUGGAGUUAAUAAAGAAAAUGUUGGAAGUAAGAAUCAAGGGGAAAGGUCUCGGGGAAACGGAAAUAACAAUGGAAGUGGUUCUAAUAGUAGACAAUGUAGAAUUUUGGCGCAAAAUGGUUCAGAGCCUGGUGGAACAGUAAAUAAUUCAGAUGGAGCAAAAGGUGGAGGUAGAGGAAGUGUUAUUAUAACAAAUAAUGAUAAAGAACAUGAAUCUAAGGGAAACGGAAAUAGCAAUGGAAAUAAUUCUAAUGGUAGACAAUCGAGAAUUUUGGCUCAGGAUGGCUCUGGACCUAAUGGAACAGAGGAUGGUUUAAAUGGGGGUAAUGAAGAAAGCAUUAAUAUACCAAGGGGAAAUGAGGGAAAUACUUCUAGUGGAAGCAAUAAUAAAGGUAGUGGCUGUAGAGGUAGAAUUAUUAGAAUUCUGGCUCAGUAUGUUUCAUCACGAGAUGAUAAGAAUGAUGAGUCGAGUGAAGGAAGCGGAAGUAAUGGAAUUGGAGGAAGUAAAAAUAGUCAAAAUGCAACACAUGGAAAAGGCGAUGAUCCGAGUUCAGCGAGCAGGCAACCUAGUCCUUUAUCAGGAGCGGAACAAUCAAAUGAUACGAUCAGCGGAUCAGAUGAAUCAGCUGCAGGAGUGUUUAGUGGUGCAGAUAGAGUUGACCAAGGGGGAGAAGGAAAAGGGGGAAUUAAUACUGAUGGUAGAAAUGUUGUACUUUUAUCAAGUGCUAACUUGUCCUAUACAGAUGGGAUGAAAAAUGGCGAAGUGGAAUAUAAGGAGGAAGGAAAGGAAAGAUCGUCGAAAUAUAUGACGGAUAAUAUGGAAGGAAUAACUAGUGGAGAGAGCACCAAAGAAGUGGAUGCAUCAUCGGAAACAGAACAGAUACAUGAGGACUGGAGUUCCAGUGGAAAGAUGGAUAUGUCACCCGCAUUUAAAAAGUAUGAAAUGGAUGAGGAGGAUGAAGAAGAUGAUGAUUAUGACGAUGAUGAAGAGGAAGAAUUCGAGGACGAAGUGCAUAAGAGUAAACACUCCUCCUAUAACGUAAAUGGAAAGACUAAAUCGGAGAAAAAGGUUCCUGAUGAUAACAUCGGUUCGGCUCCUGAUAGAAAGAAGAUUAAGCUGAAGCGCCUUAUUAAGGGUAAUUCCGAUGAAUGGGGAGAUGCCCUGAAGUUGUCCAGUUUGAAUAACUACGGAAAAUAUGGGAAUUAUGCCGAUUAUCCCAGUGAAGCUGCUACUUCCAAGCAUGUUAACUAUAGGCACUUGUUCAGCGAAAGCGCAUAUAUAUACAGGAAGGGCAAUUACUACUUUAUCAAUCCGAGCCCAUUUAGCAUAGUAAAAAUGAAGAAACCAGAAGGGGUACGAUCCUAUAGAGGAAGCCGAGAUUACAUGAACUGCUACGCCACCUCGUUUAGUAAUAAGCAUAACUCAUCAAAGGGUAGCGAAUAUUCCUAUAGAAAUAUAAAACAAAUAGAAGAAAUAAUCCCCGGCUCCUUAACAGGUUUUAAAAACGACGACGGGUAUAUGAGAUUACUUGUGCCUUCAUUUAUCCCAGAAGACAAAUUUCUGAAUUGCAUUUUUAGAAGUGAGACUUAUAAUGGUAUUCUGGAUGAAGAGGGCCAUAUUAAUCAUGCUGAGUCAUACCCUGUGAAAAUUUAUUUAAGGAAAAAUUUAAAUAAGACGAAAGGAUGCUCUUUUCAGGUGAACGAGGGAAAUGCAUUUUACAAAGAGUAUGCAGACAAGGAAUCAUUCCUAUCCACGAAGAUAAUCAUGAACGAGAAAAACAGUACCAACAACGAAUGUGUCAUACAAGCGUUUAACGAAAUUGUAGGAUUUCAAUGUGGACCACCUUACUACAGAAUGGACAAGAAGGAAAUGCACACUGUGGAGGAUUAUAAAGCAACUAGCGAGAAGAAUGAUAAUAAUCUGAUCAGUCAAGGUGUACCCAAAGGAAAUUUUUUUAUAACUGAUCCUCCAUAUUGCUUUGAGCAUGUGAAUGAAAAUCAGAACGUUAUGGAUAUUCUACCUGACAGUUUCACCUUCCCAAAUUCGAAUAUGUUGACUGGACAAAUUCAAGCAAACCAUACGAGAUAUAUAAAAGUGGGUAAGUUCAGUGAGAGCAGAACCAUUGGAUGCUACUGCAACUAUUAUAAGGAUAACAGCAUCAUGUACUCUGGAAAGAUAAUCAUAAAAGUACAAUCCAGGCAAGACGCCCAAUUCAGUAGUAGAGGCGGACUCCAAGGACAGUCAGAUGAAAAGGUAAAUUUUUCCCAAGGGGUGGAAAGGAAGAAGGGUUUUGGUAAGGAAGAUAUAACUCUUCUUUCAGAAAAAGACAACUCACAAAGGGGAAAAAACUAUGACAGUGAUAAUGGUAGUGGAAGCGGCAGUAGCAAGAAAGGGUCAUCUUCCACCGAUUACACGGCAGACAAGACGAGGAGGAACUUCAUCUCGAACUUUAAUUUCAAACGCAAGGAAGGAAUAAGCAGUAUUCUGUUCAAAAGGAAUAGGGAAGUGUCGACCGUGGGUUAUGAUGUCCUCCAUCGAUCCGGAGACAAAUUCAAGGAUAAAUAUGUUGAGGAUCCGCCCAUAGAGGAUAUCUACGCGGACGAAAGUGAUUCUGGUGGAAAUGCCUACACUGACUUGGAUAGCGAAUCUGACACGAAAAAAUAUGACGAUCAGUACAGCGACGCGCACACAGAUGCGUAUGCCGACCGGUAUGAUGAUCUGUAUCGAGAACCCUACGAUGAUUCGUAUACUGAUGCACAUACCGAUCCGUAUAGCAACUUCGAGGAUGAUAUCAAUGGAGAUUUUCUUUUCGACUUGGGUGACAGCCUCAUCAAUGGAAACGUACCCUCCAAAUAUAAGCCUCUGGAUAGAAGCGUCGAUAUGAAGGACAGUAUCAUGCAUUCUGGAGAAUCCCAAACCAUUACUGUCAUUAACAAGUCUAAAGAUGUUAAGCUCGUGCUUCCACAGCUCAACCCGAAGGAAAAGAAGUACGCAAGGGAAAGGGAAUUCACAUACCCUAAGGUGAUCUCACUGGUUUAUGAAGAGAAUGGGAACAAACAUGAGAAUGUGAACAAAUCUCUCAAACUGUUUAAGGAAUUUUUCCCUCCAAUGCUUAGGGAGCCAAAAGAGGUGGACGAGAAGAAUAACAUGGAUGAUGAAAGGGAGGUGUAUCCUUUAGAGGGAGAGAGGGAUAUACCUGAAGAGGGAAAAGACGAAAUGGUCGAUGAAGAGCAGGAUGAUGAUGACGUGGGGGAAUGGAUAAAAUGGGAAGAUCGCAAGGAUGGAAAGGUUGAAAGGAAGGAAGGAAGGGAUGUAACAGACUGGAAGGAUGAUAAGGACGAGAAAGACAUGCGUGACUUCAUGUACCGGGCAUUCAGCAAAAUGCAGAAAAAUAAAAGGAAUAAUUCAAUCGAUGAAGAGAUAAACAAUUCUGGGGACGACCCCAGAGGGGGGAUGGAGAACGACGAAGGAGACUCAUUAUAUGGAGAAGAUAAACACGUACUAAUGAGAAAACGAAGGCGCGAUGUGAGGGAUUCACGCUCUGGUGAACAAACCUCACAGGAUAAAGGACGGCCACGGAGAGAGUUGAAGCGAGAGGAGCAAACGAAACGGAAAAAUAGUACCAAUGGUGGCAAACAAGGUACCAAUUCAAGUGUUGCUGAGGGUGACAAGUACAGGGGAGAACCCAGUGGGGAGAAAAAGGAACAUCUGGAAGGAGUGAGAGACGAACAAACUGCAGAACGACGUAGUGAAGAUAAGACUGAUCAUGUUGAGGAACCAAGUAAACAAAAGGAGGAUUCAAAGGAAGAAUUGGGUCCAUCUGAGGAGGAAACUGGGGGGAUAAAUGGCGAAAUAGGUGAGGGAGAGGUAUCAAAUAAAGGUGAUGAAGAAAAAGGGAGGGAGGACGAGAGGAGCGAGGCAAAAAAUACAGAAAAUAAUGAAGCACAGGUGAGGAGAAAAUCCAACGGGAAGAGAAAAAAAAAGAUGAGAAAAAGAAUGAGAGAGAAGCUCCAUAGCAAAUGA